AUGCUUAAAUCUGGUAGACUCAACUUUCUCAAGUUGAAUAUCAAUUCACGAUUACUAUACUCAACGAACCCUCAACUGACUAAGAAGGUCAUUGGUAUCGACCUGGGUACCACGAAUAGUGCUGUUGCAUAUAUCCGUGAUUCUAACGACAAAAAAUCAGCUACAAUCAUAGAAAAUGAUGAAGGACAACGAACCACACCAUCUAUAGUUGCCUUUGAUGUCAAAAGCUCGCCACAGAAUAAAGAUCAAAUGAAAACUCUUGUAGGGAUGGCAGCUAAAAGGCAAAAUGCUAUUAAUUCUGAAAACACUUUCUUUGCUACAAAGAGACUUAUUGGCCGUGCAUUCAACGACAAGGAAGUUCAGCGAGAUAUGGCUGUUAUGCCAUAUAAGAUUGUCAAAUGUGAGUCAAAUGGGCAAGCCUAUCUCAGCACGUCUAAUGGUCUCAUUCAAUCACCAAGCCAGAUAGCAUCUAUAUUACUGAAAUACCUGAAACAAACUUCAGAAGAAUACUUAGGCGAAAAGGUUAAUUUGGCAGUUAUUACAGUUCCAGCAUAUUUUAAUGAUUCUCAAAGGCAAGCCACAAAAGAUGCCGGCAAGUUAGCUGGCCUAAAUGUUUUGAGAGUUAUUAACGAACCAACUGCGGCCGCCUUAAGCUUUGGAAUUGAUGAUAAGAGGAAUAAUGGAUUAAUUGCAGUUUACGAUUUGGGUGGUGGUACAUUUGACAUAUCCAUCUUGGACAUUGAAGAUGGCGUGUUUGAGGUUCGUGCUACUAAUGGUGACACGCAUUUAGGUGGAGAAGAUUUUGACAACGUCAUUGUAAACUAUAUUAUAGAUACCUUCAUUCAUGAAAACCCUGAAAUUACACGGGAAGAAAUUACGAAGAACAGGGAGACAAUGCAAAGGUUAAAAGAUGUUUCUGAAAGAGCUAAGAUAGAUUUAUCCCAUGUGAAGAAAACUUUUAUCGAACUUCCAUUUGUAUACAAAAGCAAACAUCUACGAGUGCCAAUGACAGAGGAAGAGCUGGAUAAUAUGACUUUGUCAUUAAUCAACAGGACUAUCCCACCUGUGAAGCAAGCAUUGAAAGAUGCCGAUAUCGAACCGGAGGAUAUAGAUGAAGUAAUCCUUGUUGGUGGUAUGACCCGUAUGCCAAAGAUUAGAUCUGUUGUAAAAGAUCUUUUUGGUAAGUCUCCAAAUUCUAGUGUUAACCCAGAUGAAACAGUUGCUUUAGGAGCAGCUAUUCAAGGUGGUAUUCUAUCCGGUGAAAUAAAGAAUGUCUUACUUUUGGAUGUGACACCAUUGACAUUAGGGAUUGAAACAUUUGGAGGAGCGUUCUCACCCUUGAUACCUAGAAAUACGACAGUUCCAGUAAAAAAAACAGAGAUAUUUAGUACUGGUGUUGAUGGGCAAGCGGGUGUUGAUAUCAAAGUUUUUCAGGGUGAAAGAGGGUUAGUGCGUAACAACAAGUUGAUUGGUGAUUUGAAACUUACAGGAAUCACCCCUUUGCCUAAAGGCAUUCCCCAAAUAUAUGUUACUUUUGAUAUCGAUGCGGAUGGUAUCAUCAACGUAUCUGCCGCUGAGAAAAGUAGUGGGAAACAACAAUCCAUUACUGUAAUACCAAAUUCUGGGUUAAGCGAAGAGGAAAUUGCAAAACUUAUUGAAGAAGCAAAUGCAAAUAGGGCACAAGAUAACUUGAUCAGGCAAAGGUUAGAGCUUAUCUCUAAGGCUGACAUUAUGAUAAGUGAUACUGAGAAUUUAUUUAAAAGAUAUGAAAAACUGAUUUCUAGCGAAAAAGAGUAUUCUAAUAUCGUAGAGGACAUCAAAGCUCUGAGACAAGCUAUAAAGAAUUUUAAGGCUAACGAAAAUGACAUGUCAAUUGAUGUAAACGGAAUAAAAAAAGCUACGGAUGCGCUACAGGGUAGGGCAUUAAAAUUAUUCCAAAGCGCAACAAAAAACCAGCAGAAUCAAGGUAAAUAA